GGCCAUCCACAAACAUAAAAGAAGCCAUGGUGCUAUCAUUGGUGCAGACAUUCCCGACCAUGAAUGAUGGAUCAGACAGUGGCUAUGACAUAUGGUACACAAAAGCCAGGAAGGUAAUAAAGGAUGGAGGAGUGUUCCACUACCCAGUCACGGGCUUCCUCGAAGAAAGACUACGGAACGUUAGAAAGAGGUCAAACCGUGGGUGCACCCAACAAAUGCCUGAAGCCACCCAGUCACGAAGGGCAUACAUACCAGAAUCAACCAUUCCAGAAGAAAGGGCCUUCCAACAGAAGGAAUGGCUGAAACACAAUUCAGAGCCUUUCACCCAAGUGCAGUCCUACAUGAAGGACACAGUGUUAUGCAGAGCCAACUGGAUCCGGGAUAAUAGCUCCAAGGACAUACUGGAACUCUUCACAGAGUACCCUCAUCUCACCAGUCCAGGCAUGAUAGCACAGGACUUCCAGGUGCUGCAUGGUGAGGCUGCACCUAAAUUAUUUGAGACCUGGAUCCCUGAAUAUGCUGAAAAGGUCCUGUACUUGGCGAAGCAGGACAACAAACUCCCUUCACUUUCUGUUGAGGACAUGACACUGGAUGCCAAAGGGGAACUAGCGCUAACACUGCUACCCACCAUGGUGCCACAGGCCUUCUACAGGGUUUGGAAGAAGACUAUCCGGCACUCCAUUGAAGAGUCCCGGACAGCGUUCAUACACCAAAUGCCUCUGCCCGAAACCUUGACAACCCCGGUUCGGUUGUCUACUGCAGCGGAGGCCAGCAGUGGUGAUCUAGGGUUUGGACACCGCAUGGAUCUUGGAGAUCCCCGCUCAACCAGGGAGGACCUGUUGCUUACAAUUAAGCUAAGGGAGCUCGAACUCGAGAUCAAGAGACAGGAGUACCAGUCUCAGCUACUCCGUGUCUGGGCAGUGGAGAUUGAGGCAGAAAAAGAGCUGGAGUUACGGCAGUUGAGCAUGGGUGACCAAAAACCGAUGCCUCUUCCGCGUAAGCUCACCGAUAUUGACCUCGAGGACACGUUCAUGUCCGUGCCAGUAUUAGACAAACCUUUGAAAAUUGAGUCUGUGACCCCGGUUCCCGAUAACUCUGUUACCUCCCCUGAAGUUCCCUCCACUAGGGAUGCACUGAUCUCGGCUCAGAAAGAGGACCCUUCCUUGGAACCCUGUCGUGCCUCUGCUAUGGACAAGCCUGACGUGAAGGAGCAUCCCACAGCAUACUUCUUCCGCGAUCGGGUCCUAAUGCGACAGUGGUCCCCACCAGACUCGCCUUUUGAGUGGGCUACGGUGUUCCAGGAAAGGAAUGGGAUGAGGGGGUACCUCUCCUCCUUUUUGCUAUUCGUGAUACUGUGA